CACCGAAUAUAUUAUAUAUCGAACUAUAUUUUGAUCUGAGAAUAGAACACAUCGAAAGACUUGAGUACAUCAAGAAAUUACAUCUAACGAAGUAUCAGCACACGUCUUGCAAGUGUAGAGAAAGAUGGCAUCAAACGGAGCACAGGUGAAAUGUUCCUACAUUAACUGCGACCAGGGAAAAGUUCUAAAUCCUGAGUCUGAUAGGGCAGAUGUCAGAGGUUUUCAUGUUCCGAAGUCUGGAAGAAAAGGAAUGUUGGUUGAUUGGACAGACGACGGAUCUGCUUCAUUGCAUCUCUCCUGUUGGCGGAAAAUUUGCAGAGCUGCCAAAGAUGAAAUACCAGAAAUAAAGUUAUCUGCUAAAGAACAAGAGUUAGUGAAAGAGGCAAAGAAAACAGCAGAAUUUCAUGACUCUGAAGCUCAUUUUCAAAGCGAGGCUGUACGUAUAGCAGCGAUGUUAAAAAAUGCUAGUUACUGUAUAGGUUUUACAGGUGCUGGAAUUUCAACUGCAGCAGGGAUUGGUGACUUUAGAGGUAUUCAUGGCAAAUGGACUAAUAAUGACAAAACUAAAGACUAUGGUUCUAAAUCUGCCUCAUCAGGUCCAGGAAAACAAAACCAACGAGGUUAUCGCCUUCCAACUUAUACUCACGAGGCAAUUUGUAAAUUACUGGACAUGGGAAUUAUGAAAUACUUAAUCAGCCAGAACACGGAUGGACUUCAUAGACUUUCUGGUAUUCCCGCACAGAAGAUUUCCGAACUUCAUGGGAAUGGUUUUGAAGAGAAAUGUGAAAAAUGUGAAACAAGACGUAUGCGCAACACAAACACAAGAUCUACUGCUCAGAAACAAAAAGUGCCACCCCGUAAAUGUGAACGAUGUAAAAUUAACCACAGAACUGGAAACAUGUGUCAAAAACCUGGUUGUGGAGGCUACAUGAUGAAUACUAUCAUAAAUUUUGGAGAUUAUUUAGAAGGCCCGGUUUUACGUUCUGCAGAGGACAACGCAGAGAAAGCUGACCUUGUUCUUUGUUUAGGGACAACCUUGAGAGUAACUCCUGCUUCUGAUCUUGUUGCCAUGGGAAAGAAACCGAGCAGACUUAUUAUUUGCAAUAGACAAACCACCCCUUAUGAUGACUAUUGUACUGAAACAGAUAAAGACGGAAAACUGAUAGGUUCUCGGAUGUAUGGCGACUGUGACCGUCUGAUGAGUCUGGUCAUGAGGAUAAUUUUAGGUGAAGAUGCAGCAAAGACUUGGGAGGAUGAUAGGGAUCAAAGAAUUGCUACAUACGACUUGUCAAGAAUGUAGAUACAAUUAUGUUAUGCUUUUUGCAAUAUUUAAGCUUGUGUUCAAAAUGAAUAAUAAUUCCAAUAUAUUGGAAAGACAACACGAAGAACAUUCUAAUGUACUUGUUUCAACAGAGGUACGUGUUUUUAACAGAAAUAGACGUAUACAUGGAUGCACUGCCGCUUAUUACCUUUAUAGAUGAUGAUAAUUUUACACACCUUCACAUGUUAUAAUAUAUACAUGUAAAUGUUAAUUCACAUUUUGUCAUUUACCUUACUAUUUUCUUAAUAAUUGAAUGUGUAAAUCACCAUCCUUAAGGAUACACAUGUUUGCCAUAAAUACAUGCAGACCGCAUAAA